UGCCUGAGGCUUCAGCCCCAUAAACUUGGCCAUGUAUAUCCAAGAAGCCCAAUCAUUUGAAUAAGACCAAGCCCGACCCGAGUCCAAAAUCGUCACCGCUUCUCCUCUUGUUCUAAAACCCUACCAAAACCCCAAAUUCAUUGUUGCAGAAACAUAAAUUUAGAACGAACCAUGGCCAUUUCCAGUGGUUUCGCAUUUUCUUGUCGUCCGCAUUUCCCCCUCUCUCAUGGCAUGCGAAAGGUAUUUGUUAGCUGUGCCGCAGCAAUUGAAGCAAUUGAAGAGACCGACAGUGGCAAAGAACCAGCGGAAUGGAAGAGGUUCAACUCCAAGGAAUUAGGAAUUAGCAGUUCGAUGAUCGCUAAGCCUACAAGAGUUGUUCUUAAUGGUCUCAAAAGUAAAGGAUUUGAAGUUUACCUUGUGGGGGGCUGUGUUCGGGAUCUUAUUUUAAAACGAACGCCCAAAGACUUUGACAUUAUAACUACAGCUGAACUUAAAGAGGUGAGGAGAACAUUUUCACAUUGUGAGAUAGUUGGAAGACGGUUUCCAAUCUGCCAUGUGCAUGUUGAUACUGAAGUUGUGGAGGUUUCAAGCUUUCACACCUCAGGAAUAAGGUCUGAGAGGGGCUUGAGUUUAUCUUUUGAGAAGCCAGUUGACUGUGAUGAGAAGGACCACUUUCGAUGGAGAAAUUGUUUGCAUAGAGAUUUUACAAUUAAUGGGUUGAUGUUUGACCCUUAUUCAAAAUUCGUCUAUGAUUACAUGGGAGGAGUGGAUGAUAUCAGGAAAGCUAAAGUACGGACAAUCGGGCCUGCUAGUUUCUCAUUCAUAGAGGAUUGCGCUCGAAUCCUUCGUGCAGUUAGAAUUGCUGCCAGACUAGGAUUUCGAUUUGGAAGGGAGACGGCUCUUUCUAUCAAAAACUUAUCAUCUUCCGUCUUGAGGCUUGAUAGGGGAAGGCUCCUCAUGGAAAUGAAUUACAUGUUAGCUUAUGGCUCUGCUGAGGCUUCAUUAAGAUUGUUGUGGAAAUUUGGUCUUCUAGAAAUACUUUUGCCAAUUCAGGCAGCAUAUUUCGUUUACUAUGGCUUUAGAAGACGCGAUAAGAGGUCUAACAUGCUUUUGUCUCUGUUUUCCAACCUCGAUAAAUUACUGGCCCCUGAUAGGCCAUGCCACAGUAGCUUAUGGUAAGAUUCUUUGCACAGGCUUCAGCAAGUAAGAUGGUUUGUAAGCGUUCUAUGUAUCAAUUUCAUUUUCAGUUUAUGGGAUAUUCACUGGAUUGUGUACUAUUUUUCCUAUUUCUGCAUGGUAAUUCUCUUGUGUCUGGCACCAGGACUUUUCCUCUAAAAAGUUGGUUAAAGGACUGUUAAAGGUACUAGAUUGAAAAGGAAAAUUGAAGAACAAAAUUCUCAUAUAUGUAUAUAAAGGACCAUUGAAAAUACUAGGUAGAAAUGGAAACCUAAAGGACAAAUCAAAUAUGUUUGUGUGUGAUCUUUGACUUCAUAAAAAAAUCUAUGUACCCCUAGAAAAAAUAAUUUUGACAGAGAAGUUGCUGCUCUAACUUUUUAAUAUCUAGAAUGUCUUGCACGAUUCUCCCAGUCAGGUUGACUGGGCUUGUUUACUGGUCCAAAUGUGCCAAUGUUCCAUAUAUGAUAGAAUUGCAAACCCUCGGGUUCCCCAGUGUAACUCUUUCAACGGAUUUCUCAGUCAGAUAAAUGCAAGCGAACAAUACUUUUGGCAAGUAAUUGAAAACAUGCAAGUGCAGAAUUUUUCGUAAUAUGUUUUAAUCAUGUUAGUAUGUUUACUGCUAAGACCUAUGCUUUCUAAGAGUCUUUUAGCCUUAUUAGAGAUUCUUAUGCCCUUAGCAAAUAUGAGAACUUUUAGUGCUUUUUACUUCUAAUUAUUUUGUUUUGUAUGAUGUUUGCCCGAGAUGAAUUUAAAUGGAGAAACAUGGUCAAUGAGGAUUUAUAUAGGCGAGACCAACUUGUUUGGGACUAAGGUGUAGAUGUUGUCAUUGUUGUUGUAAUUGAAAACAUGCAAGUGAACAAUCUUACUGAGAAAUCUGGCACAUUUGUUGGCCUCAUAGUGACGGAUUCUAUUGUUUGUUUGGAGCUAACUCAUCUUGCUUUACAUACCUAAAAUUUUCAAGUGAUUGGAGCUGCACAAUCUGCACUUUUUCUUUGAGCAGUAAUUGCACCUGAAAUCUGCCUAGUUAUGUGCAUAUAUUCUGUCAUUUGUGAUUCCUAGUCAAAGAACUAAUAAUUU